AUGAUCAAAGCCCACAUCCAAGAUAUUGCCCCUUCUCCUAAAUGCAAUAACAUUAUUCCUUCUUCAAGAUUCAAGAAAAUGAUACCACCUCAAUCAAUAGUGACAAAUUCUGCUAUAGGCGACAAUGAUGAUGAAAUUGAUACUCAAUCAAUUUCAUCUAAUGAAAAUGAUUCACCUUCAAGGCACAAUAGUUUUACCUCUUACACUAAUAUUGAUGAUAAUAACAAUAAUGACAAGUUCAAAUUAUCUGCCACUAUCCAUCAAAUGAGAUCUUCAAAAUCUUCAAGAAUUACAACUCGAUUACUAGCAACAAGUUCUGAUGAAAUUGAAGUUGAUGACAGUAUUAAUGCUCAAUCCUCAAAUUUACUAUUAUCUCCAGUAGAGCAGAAUGGAAAUAAUACUAGUAAGUAUUAA